AUGACUCAAAUCAUCCUACCUUUCAAAGUUGGUCAAAUUGUGGAGAUGAAAUCUUUCAAAAGGGGAUAUCGUGGAGCUUGGUUUCGAUGCAAGAUAGUAGAUAUAAGCACAAAGAGGAAGGAAUUGUUCUACAGCUUGGAGUAUAUUGACUAUACAGAGGAUGGUAUAGAUAAAGUACGAGUCUAUGAGAAAUCUCGAGAUGGGAAAAGGCACUUAAUGAUUCGACCCAAAUAUCCAUCACAUUACCACGAAAGUGACGACCAAGAAGAGCCUCUUCUAGUGGAUAAUGGUUCUUGGAAAGUUGGAGACUUAGUUGAUUGGUGCAAAGAUGGUGCUUUCUGGUCUGGAAAGGUUUUGGAAGCCAAUGAGAAUGAAGAAACAGUACAGGUUGAAUUGCUUCCUCCUCCACUUGGUGAAGGAGAGAUUUACGAAGCUUUGUGCAAGGACUUGCGUCCAUCGUUGGAUUGGUCACUGAAAGAUGGUUGGAAAUUGCCUUCUCUGAAUGGGCAGAAAAGACAAUGUGCUAAGCUCCUGAAACGUAAGAAUGAAGAAGAGCAAACAGAGAGAGCAAAGAAGCAGAAAAGAGAAAGAGCGAUGGGGUUAUUGACAGGCAAUGAAGGUCUUCGACUGAACAUCACAGACUCGAAGUCCGUUGACGCAGCUGUUUUUGACUUGGAAGAGCUUAUCGUUCGGAUCGAGUGGCUAAAAGGCUUGUUGACUCCGGAUGUUGGAGACGGUUCGUAUUGGGAGUAUGAAGAUUACUGCCCAUCUUCCUCAGGAAUGUGA